GCUGGGGAAGAGGCAGACGUGAGGAAGAAGGGAUGGUGGUAGUGGUCCAGCCAUAUGAGACAGGACCCUUGGGACAUCUUCUCAAGUAGGGGCUGUGUCGGGCAUGGACUGGGCUGAAGCCUCAGAGCCCCAGCUGCUAACAUCUGGAGCCAGGAUCAUGUCUGCUAACAAAGGCUGGUGGGUACCACCUGAAAGCGAAGACAGUGUGUCUGAGAAGUUCCUGAGGAAGACCAGGGAGUCUCCGCUGGUGCCUGUAGGCUUGGGAGGCUGCCUGGCAGUGGCAGCAUACCGGAUUUAUCGGCUGAAGGCUCGUGGUUCCACCAAGAUGUCCAUACACCUGAUUCACACCCGAGUGGCAGCGCAGGCCUGUGCCGUGGGUGCGGUCAUGCUAGGCGCUGUGUACACGAUGUACAGAGACUACAUCAAAAGAACAGCACCGGAUGCCGGGGAGAAGUAGGAUUCCUGUAGGGUUCGGGGCAGCCAGAGCCUCGUCCAUCAAUCCCUGGCCGCUGCCCUGGGGACCCAGGCAGGAAGACUGCAGCUGGGAGAAGAGACCGUGAAGCUUCACAGGAGAUGACAUAUAUUCAUUCAGAACCCAAGUGCCAAGACCAGACUGUUG